UUUUCAAUGAAAUGUCAGUUCAUUGGAUACUGCCAUUUAGUCGGCUGUCAAAGAGGAAAUUUGACACUUCAAUUUAAACGUCAAGUCUUGUCUACGUAAAAAUGCUCAUGGGAUCAUUUCGUUCACAAAUUUUUUUUGCUGUCCAGCAUAUACCAUUUAAUUUAACAUGUAAAUGGACCAGAAGUUCUAUGCUCACUCGUCACCUUUACACAACCAAUUAUUUAUAUAAACGGAGAAAAACGGCAGAAGAAAAAAAAUCUCCAAAAAUAAUUGAGUAUUCACCUAAAAAACUUAAAAAUAAAAUCUUAACCUUUGGUGUAGUUGAUGUUUGGAGAAGAAUGACAGUCGAAGAAUUGGCCAAUUCGUUGAGUCGCAGCCUAGAUGAUGUACAAGAAGUAAUGUUAUAUGUGGACGGAGCUGAUAAUAUAGAACCUCAUGCCAGGCUAGAAGACUUGAAAAUAAUUCAAGAAAUAGUAAAAAAAUGUGGCAUGAAGUCACGAGUGGUUGCAGCACCACAAAAAGAAAUCGCCAGCGAAAUUAAAGAUCGCGAUAUAAUGCCUCAACCGCCUGCACCCGAAGAAAAUUUAAAACCACGACCACCGGUGGUUACUGUUAUGGGACAUGUUGAUCAUGGAAAAACAACUCUGCUUGAUUCUCUACGUGGAGCAAGUGUAGCUGCUGGAGAAGCUGGUGGAAUUACACAGCACAUCGGCGCGUUUACUAUAAUUCUAGACUCAGGGGAAAAAGUAACCUUUCUUGAUACACCCGGGCAUGCUGCUUUUAGUGCUAUGCGAGCUAGGGGUGCAAAUAUAACCGAUAUAAUUGUCCUGGUUGUUGCUGCUGAAGAUGGUGUUAUGGCGCAAACAAAAGAGGUUAUUAGGUUAGCCCAGGAUACUAAAGUACCCAUAAUCGUUGCUGUUAACAAAAUUGAUAAACCUGAAGCCGACAUUGAAAAAACCAAAAGAGAUCUAAUGCAAAUGGGAUUAGCUUUAGAAGAAAACGGUGGAGAAAUUCAAGUUGUACCUGUUUCUGCUUUGAAAGGGACAAACCUUCAACUUCUAACUGAAACUAUAUGCACUCAAGCCACAUUAAUGAGCCUAUCAGCUGAUCCAACGGGUUUAGUUGAAGGAGUGGUGGUAGAGUCCAAAACUGACCCUCGGCGAGGAAAACUCUCAACUGCAAUUGUUACAAGAGGGACAUUGAGAAAAGGUUCAAUAUUGGUAAGUGGAUUGGCUCACGCAAAGGUUCGAGGCCUUUUUGAUGAUAAUGGAAAGCCAGUUGAAUCUGCUUCACCAGGAACUCCUGUAGAAAUUAUUGGUUGGCGGGAGUUACCUAUAUCAGGAGAUAUUAUAUUAGAAGUUGAGAAUGAGAAAAAAGCUAACUCUGUCAUAAGAUGGCGUGAAGCUGAAACACAAAAAGAAAAGGCUGUGGAAGACCUGGUGGAAAUUCGAAAAAAGGAAGAAGAACAUUUGGAAAAGUACAGAAAAGAACGCGAUGCACGACGGAUGGCUGGCAGGUUCAGACUUCGACAGCAAGGGCAGCGUACCAAGGAGUCGGCACCAGACAGUUUGGUUCCUCGUGUUAACAUAAUUCUAAAAGGAGAUGUGCAUGGAUCUGUUGAGGCAAUCUUAGACGUUUUAGAGACUUAUGCAAGCAAUGAACGAUGUCGAUUAGACGUUGUCCAUUAUGGUGUAGGCAAUAUUACUGAAGGAGAUAUUGAACUAGCAAAAGCAUUCAAUGCUAUCAUAUAUGCCUUUUCAUUGAGCCCUGCUUCCAAAGAUACCAGUGAGGUAACUGUUAAAAGAUUUGAUGUUAUUUAUCACUUGAUAAAUGAUCUAAAAGAAGUUAUAAGCUCAAAGCUGGAACCAGUAGAGGUAGAGGAUAUAAUUGGUGAAGCUGCUGUUUUACAGCAGUUUUUUAUAACCGAAGGUAGAAAAGAAGUUCCUGUAGCUGGCUGCCGUUGUACAAAAGGAGCUCUCAAAAAGUCUAGUAAAUUUCGACUCGUUAGGAAUAAUGAAGUUAUUUACGAUGGUCAAGUUGAAUCCAUAAGACAUUUAAAGAAUGAAGUUGAUACAAUUAAAAAAGACGUGGAAUGUGGUAUACGAAUGCAAGAUGCUAAAGUUGUACCACAGCCAGGUGAUGUAAUUGUAUGCUACACGACACAUAUGGAAAAUCAGAAGACGGAUUGGGAUCCUGGAUUCUAAAGUUGAGGUUGUCUAACCUAAGAGAGUAAAAUUGUAUUUGCUUAAGUUGUAAACGCAAUAAAUUUAGUGAAAUUAGAUAAUAUGAAAACCAAAUGACAACAAAUAAAAACAAAUUAAAUUAGUUCAA